GGUCGUCAUUUGCCAAUGUCCGACAUUUUGAUGUUUAUCGAAAAUAGUAACCAAUUUUUUCGUAGAAAAAUGUCGAAUAAUUAAGUUAGUGCGUUUAAUUUUAAGCAUUUAACUUUUGCGUUCAUUAAAUAUUUAUACAGUGCAUCAAUAUAAGCGAGUCGAACGCGAAAUGGCGGACGCAGUGCCCGUUAGUGAUGUCUUAUGUGAAGCAAUGGAUUAUUUAUCGAGAUUAGGAUCCAACUUGCGGACUCGUACCGAAAGCUUAAAAGAUAAAAGAAUUAGUAAGGAGAAGUUAAGAAAUGCACACGCAGUUCGAAAAGCGGCCAACAAGGUUUUACUUAUAUGCGAAUUGUCCAAAAAGUCGAUAGAGAACGUGGAGAGCGGCGUGAAACGAGUAUUGACACAUAUCUGUGAUAAUCAAGCGUCUGAAAUUGGCGGGAAAACAAAAAGGGAGAAAUCCGAUAAUACCAAAACUGAGUAUAUCGUCUAUAAAUCACGCAAACUAAAAAUAAAAAAAAGUGUAAACGUAAAACAUUAUAUGUCAGCAAAAGUAAAGGCAGCUGCAAUGGCUAGUGAUUUUCAAGAAAAAUAUCCCGUUUACUAUGAUUGCGAGCUAUACAGAAUGAGAAAAAGAAAAAGCACAAUACUUGAAAGACACAGAAGUAGUAAAGAUGAGAGCGAAGAAAACACAUCCUUACCUGAAUGUAAAGAAGUCAAUCUUAGUACAGAAAAAGAUUCAGUCGAAGCCCAGCCUACUGCUAAUAUUAAAACUUGUACUGAUGAAGAGCCUCUUGCAGAACCAGUAGAAAAACCUUGUGAACUUGAAACAAAGGUGUCCCCAGAAAAUGAAGUUGAAUCGAGCAGUGUAGAGCCAAAAGGUACCUCAAGCAAAGAAAAUGGUGAUAGGCAAGAUAAAGAAAUGAGAAAAAGUAAAAAUAAUAUUGAUGAAACAAACACUCAAAGCCGAGAGUCACUAGAAGAGGCUAAUUGUCAUAAAAAUAAAAUUAAAAAGAGGAGACUUAAACGCAUAAGAUUUAUUGACGACAGUUCAGAUACAGAUAAAGAAACACAAGAACUAAAUAAAGAAAUCCCAAAAACUCCAUACCCAUCAUUGGACGAAUGUACAGUAGAUAAAGAUAAUGAAAUUAGUAAGAAAAAUAUUUGUACAGUUACUGCAGGGAAAAUGGACGAGAAUAAAUCUCAUAGUGAAAAUAAAGAAAAUUCCCAACAUAAUGACAACCCUUCUAAAAAGACAAAGCUAUCUAGUGACAAUAAUACAAUUACAGAAAAAGAACAAGAAGACAGAGACAGUAGUGUCCAAGGAACAAAUGGUCCUGAAGAUGUAAAAACAGAAACAAAACCGCUCAUUAAAUGUGUGGAUAUUAGUAAGUUGCUAAGUAGUCCUAAAAAGAAUGAGUUUAGUAAGGCAGUUGAUGCAACUUUAGUUGAAAUAAGUGAUAGCGACAGUGAAGUAAAAAUAGUACAUUGUAAACUUUCAAAAACCAAAGAUAAAGAUAAAAAAGAUAGAGAUAAAAAAGGUAAAAGUAAAUUAAAAAGGAGUAAAGAUAAACAAUCAGGAACAAGAACAGAUAAGGAUGAGGAGUACUGGAUACAAAAGAGGAUAGAAGUGAAAGAAUUUGUUCCUAAGGAAUUUAAUAUCAAAGUUGUAAAAUUGCCGAAAUUUACUGACGAGUAUCUUGUCACACAGAAUCUUAAAAGGAUAACACAAAAUGGAAAAAUUUUAUUUGAAUGUCAUAUGGAACCAACAGUCGAUGCUAAUAAGAUGAUUGAGAAAAGUAAAAAUGUUACUGCUAGUAAUGAUAAUGUUAAAAAUUCUUUGUUGAAUGAUUCUGAUUCUGAAAAAUCUGAUACUGAAAUUAUCAAGAAAACAAAGAAUGCCAUUGAAAAUUUCUUAAAAAGUUCAAGUCCAAGAAGUGAUAAAGAGAGUGCACCAGAAGAAUCUCAAGGUAAUGGAACACUACAGGAUACUGAAAAACAGAAAACUCCAGAACCAAACAGUAAAAGAAAAUCUGACGAUGAAACAGAAAUAGUUAAAUCAUCUCUUAUGAAAGAUUCGUCAGAUGAAAAUGUUAAGGGAUCAGAUGAGAAAAAAAGAAGAAAAAGUGAUAGUAUAACACCAUCAAAACGAAAACACAUAAUGGAAAGCAUGCAUGCAAAGAAGAUGCUUUUAACAUACUCAUCAAGCUCGGAAACUGAAGAUGAACAGCUCAAAUCAACUUUAAGAGAGAUAAGAAAAUCACUUCUCGAAGAGACUGGAGAUGUUUCAAAAAAAUCUACUGAUUCUAAUAAGAAAGACGAGGAAAAGAAAUCUAAACAUGACACAGAGGAUAGUGAUAAGUCAGAAGUUGUGGAAAAUGGACUGAGUAAUAAUAUAGAAGAAGAAAAUUCAAACUCCAGCACAAAAAAGAUGAGCGAGCCUAACUCAAUCGUGAACAGUAGCAGCCACAAUAAUUCAGAUACAGAAGAUCAAAUUGAGAAAGACAUUGAUGGGCUGACCAACCUAAAGUCACUGCGGCGAACUCGUACGAGGCAUUCCAGAACACGACGCACCCGGUCCACCAUGCCCAAGCCUCAGAUCAGCCAGGAGGGAUUCCUCAAGGCGGAGAGCAGCUCCGAAGCCGAGGCGUCGGCUGCUGAGAGCGAGACGGCGGAAGAAUUACCCGCCGUGUCAAUCGGCCUAAAUGGAGACGGCAUACAACAUUUGGCUAAGGAGGAUCUGCUGGGAGACAGCGAUUCCUCCGACACACAGAAAGACAACACGGCCUCACAGGAUAACAAUGAAAGUUCAGAUGAAAAUUUAACGACCAAGCGCCGUAAAGCGAACACGAUAUCUUCGGACGACGAGGGUGGUUCAUCCAAGAAGAAAGAUAAAGAUGUGAAGUUGAGUGACUUCGAAGACUCAGAGGACUCCGGCUCGGAUCGGCCCAAUAAGAAGAACAAACGGAAGAAAAAGGGAAGCGAGAGCGAUGGUUCAUCCUCCUCGUCUGUAGGCGGCAGUAAAAAGAAGCGGAAACGAAUAAAAAAUAUUGACGACAGUGAUGGUUCGGGAUCGGAGACGGAAAAUGAAGGAAAAAACAAACAUGGAAGAAAGAAUAUUCGAAAGGUUAUGGGUAAGAAUCAAUUAGAAGAGGCAACAAAAAAAGCGGCCAGACAAGAGAAAGAGAGGAUUGCUCGAAUAGCUGAGAGACAAAAAUUGUACAAUAAUCUGCAAUUCGAUGAAUCCGGCAAACCUGAUGAAGUGGUACUUGAUAAAGUGGUUUUGGACUUUGACCCGGAGACAAAGGAACCACUCAUCGAAGUGGACAAAGGACUUGUUAAGAAGUUGAAGCCUCAUCAGGCGAACGGUAUCAAAUUUAUGUGGGACGCUUGCUUCGAGAGCGUGAAGAGAAUAAAGAAAGACAAGGGUUCCGGCUGCAUAUUGGCGCAUUGUAUGGGUCUAGGAAAGACAUUGCAGGUGGUGACUCUAACCCACACUUUGCUGUCCCACGGCGAGCUGACGGGCGUGCGGCGCGUGUUGGUGGUGUGCCCGCUGUCGACGGUGCUCAACUGGGUGAACGAGUUCCGCAUGUGGCUCAAACACACCCACAACGACAUCGACGUCGACGUCUACGAGCUGUCCAGGUUCAAACAGAACUCUGACCGCGCCCGUCAGCUGACGUCGUGGUUCGAGCACGGCGGUGUCUGUGUAUUGGGAUACGAGAUGUUCCGAAACCUCUCCGCAGACAACACCAAGAAGUUCAAGAAGAAGAUGUUGAAGAACUUCCAGGAGAGUCUUGUUGAUCCAGGUCCAGAUCUAGUGGUUUGCGACGAGGGCCACCUGCUCAAGAACGAGAAGACGAGCCUGUCGCAGGCGAUGAACCGGAUCCGCACGCAGCGCCGCAUCGUGCUCACCGGCACCCCGCUGCAGAACAACCUCAAGGAGUAUUACUGCAUGGUGCAAUUCGUGAAGCCGAAUCUCCUCGGAAAGUACAACGAGUAUCUGAACAGAUUCGUCAAUCCCAUCACCAACGGUCAAUACACCGACUCCACGGAGCACGACAUCAAAGUGAUGAAACGACGCUCGCAUGUGCUGCAUAAGAUGUUGGAUGGGGCCGUACAGCGAAGGGAUUAUGGAGUACUAGCGCCAUUCCUGCCUCCCAAACACGAGUAUGUCCUGUUUAUAACGCUCUCUGAAGUUCAGAUCAAGUUGUAUCAAGAAUACUUGGAUAACUAUUCUAGAAGACCCCUACCUGGUAAAUCUUCGGGAUUCCUGUUUCCCGAUUUCCAAUCGCUACAGAGGAUAUGGACUCAUCCCCUAGUGUUGAAAUACAACUCGGAGAGAUAUGAAAUUAUGCAACAGAAAAAGAGGGAAAGAGAAGAGGAAGAUUCUGAAGGAUCAUUGGUCGAUUUUAUUGAUGACGAUUCUACUCCUGAGGAAUCAUCGAGCGAGGAAACAACAGACGAUUCGUCAGAUAUGAGCGAUGACAGCCGCAAGAAGAGUAAAAAGAAGAAAUCCAACAAGAAGUCGAAGGGGAAAGCCGGCGCGAGGCGCGGCACUAGAGCUAACCCUAUCGACGUUGACGAGGAGGAGCAUAUACCGGAAGUGGUGGAGACGAAGCAGGACAACCCUACCGAGUGGUGGAUCAAGCUGGUGGGCGACGACGAGCUGGACGAUAUCCGCAACUCGCACAAGCUGGUGCUGCUGUUCGACAUACUGCGCCAGUGCGAAGCUAUCGGGGACAAGCUAUUGGUGUUCUCCCAGUCAUUGUACUCUCUGGACCUCAUAGAACAUUUCCUCGGUAAGGUCGAUGAAGCGACACAGGAGGGAAGAGUUGAUGAAAAGCUGAAUGGUUAUGUUGGUUCGUGGUCCCCCGGCGUGGACUACUUCCGUUUGGACGGGUCGACGUCGUGCGAGAACCGCUCCAUAUGGUGUAAGAACUUCAACAGGGAAGACAAUCCGAGAGCCAGAUUAUUCCUGAUAUCCACGCGCGCGGGCGGUCUCGGCAUCAACUUGGUGGCGGCGAACCGCGUCGUGAUAUUCGACGUGUCGUGGAAUCCCUCGCACGACGUCCAGAGCAUAUUCCGAGUUUACCGCUUCGGGCAGAAGAAGCCGUGCUAUAUAUACAGGUUCUUGGCUAUGGGCACGAUGGAAGAGAAAAUCUACGAGCGGCAAGUAACGAAGCAGGCGAUAUCUAAACGCGUCAUAGACGAGCAACAAAUAGACAGACACUACGCCGAGAACGACUUGGCCGAGCUAUACAAGUUCGAGCCGAAGCCGCCGGCGCCGCGUGAACUGCCGCCCUUGCCUAAAGACCGCCUCUUCGCUGAGAUGCUGAGGGAGCAUGAGGCUCAGAUCUACAAGUAUCACGAGCAUGACUCUCUACUCGAGAACAAAGAAGAGGAAACUCUCUCGGAGGAGGAGCGUAAGGCGGCGUGGGAGGACUUCGAGAACGAGAAGACACGCCCACCGCCCCAGCCCUUCACCGGAUAUAUGCACAACGGCAUGAUGCCCGGCCUGCUGCAGCAGCAGCAACUGGCAUACGCGACGGUCGCGGCUAUGCUGAAGAAGGACAUGCCCAAUAUCAACGACAACCAAAUUCGAGACAUGCUGCCUAUGAUAUACCAGGCGAACCCUGGGAUGUUCGGUGGAUAUGAUUACGGCCUACUACAAAAGAUGAGCGAGAUCUACAAAUACGCGCCUAACAUGAUGACCCAAGGGAUGAUGAAUCCAAUGUUGAAUGCAGGUACAAAAUCGAGCGGCGGUCCUCCUAUGGGUAUGGGCGGCAGCAGCGGCCUCCAGUACGACCCACCGUGGCAGCGACAGCAGCAACAGCAGCAGCAAAUGCGUUUGCAGCAGAUGCUGCAGCAUCAGCAUCAGAAUAUGAACGCAAAGUUCUACGCUGGCGGGCUCGGCAGUCGGGAUCCUGUGGCGAUGGCGCUGCAGCAGCAGCGGGCGCGCGAGAUGAUGCUCGGCGAACGUGCGGGGGCGGGCAGACCGCGGGGGCGGCCCCCCGCGAGGCCCCCGCCCACCGGGGACGUAGUUAAUCUGGACUCGGACUAGACUGAUUUUCAAGCAUCAACAUUGCAACGUGAACUAAUGUAUAUUCAGGAAAAUAGGGUGCUAUGUUAUAAGCAAGAUGGCUUAUACGGUACAUCUUAGCACACGAUGGACUUGGCCGGAUUGCUUUUCUGAUCAUUUCACUCUGACACCACAUAUCAUGAAUCUCAUUUCUCAUCGUGGCAGGGCCCGCCAGGUUUUUGUUAGUACAGUCACAAUCACAUAUCAAAGGAUCUGAAUUGAUUGAGGGGCUACAACUUUUCCGCACAAGUGUACACAAAUAUAUGAAAGUUUCACAAGGACGUUAUAAAAGUACGUGCUUAAUAUUCGAUACAUUAGAAAAUAUGGAGCUAACACAAGCAUGCAUAGAAAGAAUUAUGACCGAU